UUAUAUAUAACCUCAUAAUUUUGUAAAUAUAACCUAAAGUAAGCUAUUUUCGAUUUUAAAGUUAAUUUCAUUUUAUUAGUUAUGUUCAAUUUUGUGAAUUGACCAAAUAUGCCUGGAAGUAAAAUAUUUAUCCCCAGUAGGAGUCUGGGGUACGUCAGCAAUCACAUACCUUUACAAGUAAGGUAUAUAAAGAGCAGGCAAGAAAAUUUAAUCAUAACAUGUGUUGGAAAAUCUUUUCAUACAUACGGAAUAACUCAUUUCGGGCUUCUAAGCGUUAGCCGUUUGCAUUCUGGUGACAUUACCUGCAUGACUGCUGAUGCCUACCACGUUUAUACAGCCUGUGACAAUGUAAUAUAUGCAUGGCGAAGAGGAACGGAACUUCAACAUACUUACAGAGGCCAUGCAAAGGGAGUGCAUCUCAUGUUACCUUUCGGGGCGCAUUUAAUAUCUGUUGAUAAAGGUAGCAAAGUGAAGAUAUGGGAUAUAAAAAAUGAGGCUGUCUAUGGAGAACUUACAUUUAGUACCGAUAAUUUUCAAAUAAGUGCUUUACUACACCCCAGCACUUACAUUAACAAAAUACUGUUUGCCAGUGACAAUGGAGAAAUGCAGUUAUGGAAUAUUAAUACUUUAAAACUGAUAUAUCCUUUCAAAAGUUGGGGAGCAGCUGUUACUUGUCUAGAACAGGCUCCAGCAAUUGAUGUAGUGGCAGUUGGUCUGAGCACAGGGAGGAUAGUUCUGCAUAAUCUCAAGUUUGAUGAAACAAUCUUAGAAUUCACACAGGAUUGGGGUCUAGUGACAUCUAUUUCAUUCAGAUCAGACGGUCACACUAUAAUGGCUACAGGUAGUGUUUGUGGGCAUAUUGUAUUUUGGGAUUUGGAGGAAAGAAAAGUUUCAAGUCAGUUGCUGUCAGCCCAUGAUGGUGCGGUAACAGGAAUGGUGUGCCUUCCAAAUGAACCCUUGAUUUUGACUUCGUCUCCUGAUAACACCCUAAAAUUGUGGAUUUUUGAUAUGACAGAUGGAGGUGCUAGGUUGUUGAGAAUCAGAGAGGGACAUGCUGCUGCUCCAUCUUCUAUUCGUUUCCAUGGUGCUAAUGGACAUAACAUUCUGAGCUGCGCUGAUGAUUCCACCUUGAGGAUAUUUAACACCCAAACCGAGCAGUUCAACAAGAGCCUGGGAAAAGCAUCCUACAAUAGAAAAAUUAGCAAGAAGCGCGGCAGAGCAGUGCAAGAUCCUCUAAAAAUGCCCCCCAUAACUCAGUUCACUUCCGAAACUACUAGGGAAAAGGAGUGGGACAACAUUGCUGCCAUCCAUUCAGGUCUUGCUAUGGUAACGACUUGGUCCUACGAUAAAGUGAGGAUGGGAGAGUUGAAGUUGUUGCCAGAACGAUUCCAGAAAAAGAAUUUAGAUGUCAAUUUGGAAGUGGUGGCUACUAGCAUUUGUCUCACACACUGCGGGAAUUUUGUGGUUGUUGGGUACAGCACAGGGCAUGUAGAUAGGUUUAACAUGCAAUCCGGAAUAUGGAGAGACUCGUAUGGCAAUCCUAAAGCACAUGACGGUUAUGUGAGAGGAGUAGCAACUGAUGGUCUCAACCAGAUUGUGAUAACUGGGAGCAGUGACAGCCUAAUCAAAUUUUGGAGGUUUAAAAACAAAGGUACAGAUCCCUUGACAAUCCUUACUCUAGAAGAACCUGUGAGUUUCUUUCGCUCCCAUCAAGAAAGUUCAAUGCUGGCCGUUGCCUUAGAAGACUUUUCCAUCAACAUCAUUGACCAUGACACCCGGAGAAUUGUUAGAAAAUUCAUCGGACACAUAGGCCAACUGACAGACGCGACAUUCAGCCCAGAUUCAAGAUGGCUAGUCACCUCAUCUAUGGACUGUACCAUCAGAACUUGGGACAUACCCUCUGGACAACUCGUUGACCAAUUCAUGUUUGACACUGCUUGCGUGUCUCUCAACAUGUCUCCUACUGGCGAAGCUCUAGCCUCAGCUCACGUGGGUCACCUGGGGAUUUUUCUAUGGACCAAUAAGACACUCUAUGCUAAAAUAACUCUGAGGGCUAUCUCUCCCACUGACGAACUGCCACUUGUUACUUUACCUGAGUGUCGGCAAGAGGCUAUAGAAGAAGGGGAAGUCAAAGAAGAAGAAGAAGAUGAUGAGUUUAUAUCUCCGGAGCAAAUCAGCGGAGAUUUGAUAACUCUCUCGGGGCUUUCGACUUCUAGAUGGCAGAAUCUCAUUGAUAUCGACAUCAUCAAAAGGAGGAACAAACCGAAGGAACCUCCUAAGGCCCCAAAAGCUGCCCCUUUCUUCCUUCCCACAGUGUCGUCUUUGAAUAAUAUCCAGUUUGAUGUGAAGGCAGAAUCCAGUGAAGGUAGUAAACUGAUAACCCCAUUGAGUUUUGUAAAUUUAUCGGAGUUUGGGAAGUUACUUGACAGCUCUAGACAAAAUGAUGACUUCCAAGCCGUUAUUGAUAAACUGAAGACGUUCGGCCCAUCGAUGACUGACUUUGAAAUAAAAUCUCUUUCACCCGAAGGAGGAGGUUCUGUAGAAGUAAUGUUACAGUUUUUGAAGUGUUUAGAGUUUAUUCUCAAAUCAAAUAAGGACUUAGAACUGGGGGAAGCUUAUAUGAGUGUGUUCUUGAAGGCCCAUGGAAGUGUUAUUGCCCAAGAAAAGGUGUUGAGAGACUAUUUGCCAAACAUCCGGAGCUGCCAGAGUGUGGCAUGGGAAAGGUUGCAAGCAAAGUUGUUUUAUUGUACAUGCGUUACUCAGAAUUUGAAGACUAUGUAGUUUUAUUACAUAAAAGUUGAGAAAAAUC